AUGUUUGCAACACAAGCUUCUCUUGACGACCACUAUCGCGGGAAGCCUAGUCAUCCCAACUGCCCACGCUGCAAUAAAGGGUUCCCGGACAAGUCAGCUGUCGAAGUGCACUUUGCUAUAGCACAUCGAAAAGAGAAGUGUGACUGUGGCUUGGAGGUCUACGAAGAAGAUCUGAGCGGCCAUUUCCUCCAUUCCCCCUUGCAUCCUGUGUGCCCCAUCUGCACGGAAGGUUUCAAGACCCAGUCCGAUUACUCGUCGCAUUGCAAAGAACUGCACCCAGAACAUUACUGCGAGCCAUGCUCGAUGCAGUUGUUCUCCGACGAGCACCAGCAAGCCCAUUGGAAAGAGUCCAUCGUUCAUCCCAAGUGUGCUAAGCUAUGCGGGAUUGGUUUCGCCAAUAUUGCGGCCUUCAAUGAGCAUAUGAUAAAGGAGCACGGAGAUGUCCUUCGCAGGGUUGGCUGGACGUCCAGAUCUACAGACCCACAGACUGCCUUGCCACAUCCUAGUGCCGAUACAAAUAAGAUGUGGUCUUCUACAAAGAAUCACAAUUCUACCAUGGAGUGGACGUCCACCCAGCAUCCAGAUUCAUCGGGAACUCCUGCUGCAUUAGGCAAGCACGGGGUUGAUCCACGCUUCUCUCAGGCAACACCCAGAGCUCAUCGCGAUCCUGCUGUAAGCAUGCCUGCGCGUGCCCCAUCUCAAGUUGAAUGCGCAGCCAACGGGACUAUCCAUCGUCUUCCGUCUACCUGGAGCGUGGAGUCAGUCGCCAACGCGGCUCGGCUACACUCCCAUAGCACAGAAGCUCCCAGCUCUUCUUCCUCGCAGAGUUCCACGGGCUGGAGUCGUCUCUCUGGCGGCUGUGAUGUCACUGCUGGACGACGUGCCCCUGCUCAGUUCGAAUGCCCCCACUGCCUGAACUUGCUCGUUGUUGCCACUGCCAGUGUGAGAUAG